CUCACGCCUUCUUUUUUUCUCCAACCAGCCCGCCCAACCACCUCCGCCAUGAGUUCAGGCGCCAGAGGCCUUGAAGAUGUCGAGAUCGCCCAGGGCCACGAGCCUGCUGCUCCCACUCCCCUCGGGGAAAAGGAGCUGCAGCUCGCCGUCUCGAGCAAUGAGAAGGAGAUGGGCGUGUCGAUGGGCAGAGGCUCCUUCGACGACAGUGAGGGCACCGCACCCACCGAGGAGGACCUGCACACUCUGGUCCGUGUUUCGGGCAAGCUUCCGUGGACCACAUACACCAUUGCCUUUGUCGAAAUGUGCGAGCGUUUCUCGUACUAUGGCACUUCCGUUCUUUACACGAAUUAUAUACAGCAAGACAUGCCCGCCGGCUCUCGCACUGGUGCGGGUAUGGAUGGCCAAUCCGGUGCGCUAGGCAUGGGACAGCAAGCCUCCACUGGCUUGGUAACUUUCAACACCUUCUGGGCAUACACCUCUCCGCUUAUCGGCGCCUACAUUGCUGACCAGUACCUUGGCCGGUUCAAAACGAUCCAAUGGGCCAUCUGCUUUUCAAUGGUCGGCCAUCUCUUCCUCAUCAUCUCUGCCAUCCCUCCGGUCAUUGUCCACUCUGAUGCCUCGUUCGGCCUCUUCAUCAUCGGCCUUAUCACUGUGGGCUGCGGAACCGGUGGCUUCAAGUCCAAUAUCUCCCCGCUGAUCGCAGAGCAAGUCAGUGAUAGCAAAAUGAAGGUUACCGUUGACAAGAAGGGACAACGCGUCCUCAUGGAUCCGGCCGUCACUGUGGCACGCGUUAUGAUGUACUUUUACAUGAUGAUUAACGUUGGUUCUCUGAUAGGCCAAAUUUCAAUGGUUUUUGCCGAGAAGUACGUCGGGUUUUGGCUCGCCUACACCUUGCCGACUAUCUUAUUUUGCUUCUGCCCAAUCGUUCUUUUCGCCUGUCGCAGCAGGUACAGACUGACUCCACCAGCUGGCUCAGUUACUGCCAAGGCGGCGAAACUGUUGUUCUUUGCGGCCAAGGGACGAUGGUCCAUUAACCCGGUGAAGACUGUCAGAAAUAUGCGGGAUAUGAGCUUCUGGGAAAACGUUAAGCCUUCCCACCUUGGCGACAGGAAACCGACUUGGAUGACUUUCGACGACGCUUGGGUUGACGAAGUUCGGAGGGGUAUUAAGGCUUGCGCAGUUUUCUUGCAAUUGCCUGUUUUCUGGUUGGCCUACAACCAGAUGACAAACAACCUAACAUCACAAGCGGCAACUAUGGAACUUCACGGAGCACCAAACGACGUCAUCAACAACAUGAAUCCGUUGUCGCUGGUCAUAUUCAUCCCCCUCUUCGACAAUUUCGUCUAUCCUGCUCUGCGCAAGGCGCACAUCAACUUCACGCCGCUAAAGCGCAUAGGAGUUGGGUACAUACUCGCGACCUGCGCAAUGAUUUGUGCAACAGUGAUGCAGCACUAUAUCUACAAACUCGGCGCCUGUGGCAAGCACAUGAACAGUUGCGAAGAUGCUGAUGGAAACGCGAUUGUGUCUCCCAUCAACGUCUGGGCCCAAACCCUGACAUAUGUCCUCAUUGGCAUCGCCGAGAUCUUCACCAUGAUAACCAGUCUCGAGUACGCCUUCACAAAAGCGCCCAAGAAUAUGCGCAGUGUUGUCACCGCCAUAUACCUGUUUAUGAACGCCAUUUCAUCGGCUAUAAACCAGGCCCUCUUGCCUCUCUCCGAGGAUCCGAAUCUGGUCUGGAAUUACGCAGUGUCAGGUAUCUUGUGCGCAAUUGGUGGUGUUGUGUUCUGGAUCUCAUUCCACAGACUGGACAAGGACGAAGACAAGUUGAACAUGUUGCCGGAUAGCGCGUUUGGUGGUCACGAUCGCCGCCAUUCGAUUGUGGAGGAUGCACAGAAGAACGUUUGAGGUAUAGCACGAUGGUACAGAUGUGAUGUUAUUAUGCGAAAGCAGGAUUGUAUGUGGCGGCUUUGCUAUGUACUGGCACUUGGGUGGCAGUAGUAGCUCGUAAUUAUGAUACCUUUUCCUGCACUUCGAGUUCAAAACUUAACAACUGCACUGAAUAAUUAUUUGUUAUACAGACAUAGGGCAGUGUGU